AUGGUCGAGAUUACGAUCCGCAAGCGUCCCCGCACGGAGGCCGUAAUUACUCAGCGGAAAUUCUUCAAGAAAACAGCAAAGGGCAAAGUAAUCAAAGUCCUCCGCGAGAGAUACCUACGGGAUGAUGUCGCUUGCGGGGUGCACAGUUGUAAUCUGUGCUCCACAACAGUGGAUCUCGUUUUACCUGCUGCAGGUUCGCUUGAGCAUCUUGCCUUUCCUGGCGGGCACUUGGUGCUUCCAGACACAAAUGUAUUCCUAUCGCAGAUGGACCUGAUCGAAUCCGAUAAAUUUUGUCCUCCCAUGAUCCUGCUGCAGACGGUUUUGGAAGAAGUUCGACAUCGCUCGCUACCUCUCUAUAACCGCCUGAAGACCCUUAUCAACGCGGAAGAGAAGCGAAUCUGGGUCUUCUACAAUGAGUACAAUACAGCGACUGCUGUAAUCCGCGAGGACGGAGAGUCUCCCAACGACAGAAACGAUAGGGGCAUCCGUAAAGCGGUCUCGUGGUACACCUCGCAUCUCUCUCUGGCUCGCCCUCCCGUUCGCGGCCAGCCUACCCGGGCACUUCCAACUGUCGUCCUACUGACGGACGAUGUCGCCAAUCGCCAAAGGGCAGAAAAGGACGGCCUUGUAUGCAUCUCAGUCCGACGGUAUGUGGAGGGAAUGAAAGAGGCAAGCAAGUUGCUUGAUUUGUUGUCGACCGCUGGAUCCGAUGAACUUGAGCCAACAAAGGCUGUUGCUGCUCGUCAAGUGCUCUACCCAGACUACUUGCCAUCGUCAACCUUAUUAGCGGGCAUUAAAUCUGGCCAGUUGCAUCAAGGCCACUUCAAUGCCAAUCAAUACAACUACCUGGAGGGGAAUGUGCCGGUGUCAGGAUUUGACAAACCCAUUCUCCUGAUUGGUCGAGAGAACAUGAACCGUGCGGUGCAAGGUGAUAUCGUUGCGGUCGAAGUUUUCGACGAGAAGGAGUGGAAAGCGCCCGCGGACGAGGUUGUUGACCAAGAAACGACCUUGAAGAAUGACGAUGCCGAAGAAUCGGAGGAAGAGAGCGAUGACGAGGAAGUCCUUGCUGAGCGACACGUGCUGCAGUCAAAGCUGGCGAAGAUGCAGGCUUCAGCGAGACAGCCGACAGGACGAGUUGUCGGUAUAAUCAAACGCAAUUGGAGAUCAUACGUCUGCCAUAUCGAUAGUGCCUCACUAACCUCUAACAACGCGACUUCGCUUUCCCAACAAACUGUUUUUGCGACGCCGGUUUCUCGUCUAUUACCUCGCAUCAGAUUACGCACACGCCAAGCACCGGCUUUGCUUGGCCAGAAGAUCCUGGUAACUAUUGAUCGGUGGGACAGAACUUCCCGCUACCCAGAAGGACAUUUUGUGCGCGCGUUGGGAAAGGUCGAGAGCAAGGAGGCCGAGCAGGAAAGCCUCCUGCUGGAAUUCGAUGUCCCAUAUCGACCAUUUGGUAAAGCAAUCUUAGAUUGCCUCCCUUCAGAGGGUGACCACUGGAUCGUUCCGCCCAAAAGCCCCGAAGCGCCAGAGUGGAGAGAUAGAGAGGACCUCAGGGAUCUCAUCAUCUGCAGUAUAGAUCCUCCUGGCUGCCAGGAUAUCGACGACGCAUUGCAUGCGCGCUCGCUCCCCAACGGCAAUAUCGAAGCCGGUGUUCAUAUUGCUGAUGUGUCACAUUUCGUGCACCCUGACAACCCCAUGGACAACGAAGCUGCUGCCCGCGGCACCACAGUCUACUUGGUGGACAAACGAAUUGACAUGCUGCCCUCCCUUCUUGGAACCAACUUGUGUUCUCUUCGUCCUGACGUUGAGCGCUUGGCGUUCUCCGUAAUUUGGGAGCUGACACCGGCAGCGGAAAUAGUCAAUGUCCGCUUUGCGAAGUCCGUCAUUGCAUCUAAACGCGCAUUUACGUAUGAAGAGGCCCAGAUACGCAAGGAUGAUCCGAAUAUGAAUGACGAGCUUACAAACAGUAUCCGGCUCUUGAACACCUUGGCACGUAAGCUCAGGGAAAGCAGGAUGGCUGCAGGUGCCCUUAAUUUGGCUUCCCCUGAGGUCAAAAUUCACCUCGAUAGCUCGGAGUCAUCGGAUCCCAUCGACGUCGAACAGAAGGAACUGAGAGAAACUAACAGCUUAGUGGAGGAGUUCAUGUUGCUCGCGAAUAUCAGCGUUGCCCGGAAAAUACAAGAAACCUUCCCACAGACUGCGGUUCUGAGGCGGCAUCUACCUCCACCACGAUCAAAUUUCGAGAAGUUGCAGGAUAUUCUCCAGAAGCGGAAAGAAAUGACUCUCGAUGUCUCGAGUUCCGGUGGUCUCGCCGCUUCCCUCGACAAAUGCAUGGAUCCAGAUGAACCUGCAUUCAAUACUCUCGUCCGUAUUAUGGCUACUCGCUGCAUGCUAGCGGCGGAGUACUUCUGCUCUGGAAGCGUUGCCCGUGAUACGUUUGCGCAUUACGGUUUGGCUAGCCCGAUAUAUACACAUUUCACCAGUCCCAUCAGGCGUUAUGCCGACGUACUCGUUCAUCGGCAAUUGGCCGCGGCUAUUGGGUAUACUCCGUUGCAUGCGAGCUUGCAUUCCAAGUCACACGUGGAACGGGUCCUCGACCUAGUGAACAGACGCCACAGGAUGGCUCAGAUGGCCGGCCGCGCUAGCGUCGAAUUCUACGUAGGGUUGGCGUUGAAAGCUCGUGGAGAGAAAGGCAAGAACCAAGAAGAAGCGUUCGUUAUCAGGACCUUCCGGAACGGUCUCGCCGUUUUCGUGUCGAAAUUGGGCCUGGAAGGCCUCGUGACGUUCAAACGCGAGAUCCAGUUCGAUCCUGAUGCAUACACUAUCAAAGUUCCAUCCCCAGAUUCCGUACACGGCACGACGAUCGCCGUAUUCGACAAGGUCACGGUUAACAUCGAGGUCGAGAAGGACAAAAACACACAACGAGGUCGUGUUCGGAUGGCCUUAGUGCACCCGGUUGAGUCUUCUGGCCUGUAG